AAUAUGGCGAGAAUGCCUGGCAGCGGGGACCACUGCUGUAGAGAUGAUGAACCGGACCCGAUGGCGGGGGAUCGGGAGAGAGACGGAGGCUCGGGCGAGGAAGACGAGGAAGAGAUUCAGGAGAUCCAGAUCACAGGAGAAGAGGGAGAAGUGUCAGAAGAAGAAGCCGAGUUAGAGUGGGAGGAGUGCGGGGAGCCCGACAGCUGCGCUGCUGCCGUGGAAACGGGGGAAGCGGUCCUUAUGCGGAAUACGGACCAGCUCGAGUCGGCGGCUGGGGACCCGCUUUUCGCCGAGGGAGACAUGCACCGCUCCAGGCUCAGCGAGAACACGCGCCUGGCCACUCGGUACGCGGUGCGAAUCUUCCGGGAAUACCUGACGGAGAAGGCGCAAAGUACGGACUUUGAGAGCAUGGACAAGCACGCGCUCUGCAAAGUGCUGCGCUCGUUCUACUCGGAGGCGCGCUCCAAGAGCGGACAGCUGUACAGCAAGUCUUCCCUCAUCAGCAUCCGGAGCUCGCUCAACCGGUACCUGAACGAGCCCCCGUUCUGCCGCACGCUGGACCUCACCAAGGACCCCGAGCUGCGCAGCGCCAACCUCGCGCUCGCCGCGGUCAUACGCAAGCUGGAGGAGCAGGGCGCCGGUCCCGUGGUGCAGAAGCAGGCUAUCACGCGCUCCGACCUGAGGAAACUCUACACGUCGGCCGUGUUCAGCGCCAGCUCGCCGUUCGGGCUGCUCAACAAAGUGUGGUUCGAGACUUGCAUGUACUUCUGCACGAGGGGGCGGGAGAACCAGCGCGAGCUCGAGGAGGACUCUUUCGGGCUGGCCGUGGACGAGGACGGACGGAAGUUUGUGUACUUCAAAGCGCUCGGGCCGUACCACAAGUCUCGUUCCGCCUCCUGGACGAAAAAAAGAUCCGACACGGACGACGACAACCUUCCCCGCAUGUACGAGACCGCCACGGAGUUUUGCCCCUACGCGAGCUUCGUCAAGUACCUCUCGAAGCGCAAUCCUCUCUGCAAAGCUUUUUUCCAGCGCCCGCGGGAUCACUGCAGCGACACCGACACGACCUGGUACGAGAAUAAAGCCAUCGGCAAGAACCUUCUGGGCACGAGAAUGCAGAUGCUGUCGCGGGCCGCCAAACUGUCAAAGACCUACACCAACCACUGCAUCGGCGCCGUCUCCAUAGCAACGCUCAACGGCAUUGCGGGCAUCGGGUCAAAGUUAGCGCCUCUCCACGUCGUCUCCCCGGAAACGGUCAACGGAGCGCACGUGCUGCCCUGCGAGGACGAACUCGAGCUCAAACCGCAGAAGGUGAUCAAACGCCCGCGAACGCUCGUCUAUCCGGUAAGCGUUUCGGGACCGGGGGCAUCGCCGAAAAGACACUGCGCGCGCGCCGCCGUGGAGCGCGCGGACACUCCAACGGUCACCGCGCUCGUCUCCUCUCAUUGCGAACUCAACGGAGAUAUGCUCCCCUCACAGGAGAAUCGCAGCAACAGUGUGGGCAUGUCGACCCGGCCUAUCUUGGCACAUUCGCCGGUCUCCCCGCUGGGCACAGCUGGCAUCCCCACACCUGCACAGCUCACGAAGGCCAACGCACCGGUGCACAUUGACGUUGGGGGUCACAUGUAUACCAGCAGCCUGGCCACAUUAACCAAAUACCCAGAGUCCAGGAUUGGCCGUUUGUUUGAUGGCACAGAGCCGAUCGUAUUGGACAGCCUGAAGCAGCAUUAUUUUAUAGAUCGAGAUGGACACAUGUUCCGCUACAUAUUAAACUUCCUCAGGACAUCAAAAUUGCUCAUCCCAGAUGACUUUAAGGACUACUCUCUGCUGUACGAGGAGGCCCGCUAUUUCCAGCUGCAGCCUCUGCAGGCUGAGCUGGAGCGCUGGCGUUCUGAGCAGGACUCUAGGUACACAUCACGCAUGUGUGAGUGUGUGGUAGUGCGUGUGGCCCCCGAGCUGGGAGAGAGGAUAACGCUCAGCGGUGAUAAAGCCCUCAUCGAGGACAUCUUCCCAGAGAUAGGAGACGUCAUGUGCAACUCUGUCAACGCAGGCUGGAACCACGAUUCCACUCAUGUCAUACGCUUCCCUCUAAACGGAUACUGCCACCUCAACUCUGUACAGGUUCUGGAGCGACUGCAGCAGCGAGGCUUUGAGAUCGCUGCUUCUUGUGGAGGUGGUGUGGACUCAACCCAGUUCAGUGAGUACGUUCUGAGGAGAGAGGUCAAACGAAGUCACCGCGGGGUCACGACCUCCGUCAUUCGAAUCAAACAGGAACCGCUGGAUUAGCUGCCUGCUCUGACAAACAAUAAACUGUAUAUGGUAUUUUUAACUGAAUAUAAGGGAUGUUUUGAUUUGUUUAUGUUGUAAGCCUACGAGACAUAUUUUCAUUGGUACUGUCCCUAAAUAAACACGUUCAAAUAAGAAAAAAAUAUUGUUUAAAAUUCAAAUGGGAAUUUUUCCGAACUUCUCUGGCCACGCUGAGUGAUUUCCAUUUGAUUCUCUAUAUGAGGGUUUGUUUUAAAACUUCACAACUGCCAGACUGCACUUUUGCUGGAUUUGUCUUCACCAUGACAGCUAUAGGAGUGGAAGAAGCUAAAUUAAUGUUAGACUCCAUAUAUGACAUCCUGUAAAGAAUUUCAUCUGCUAUACUUAUUUAAUAAGCUGUUUGAUGAAUGAUUUAUGUUGCUAAUCUUCAAGUGUUUCUCUCAUAAAUAGCAUAUCGCACCAGAGAGGAAUAGCAGCUCUAAUUAGACAAAUACACGCACACACAUAAAGAUUAAACCACAGCUGUGGGUUUCUGGAGGAUCAAAUGACUAGAUGAACCCUCAUUUUGUCAAACACAGUCAUGAAAUUGAAGGAUUUCAUUAAAAAGUGUAUUUCUUUCUCCCACUGUUCUUCAUUCUUAUUUUAGCAGACAAGUUCAAAUAGGAAAAACUGUAAGCCAAUCAGAAGAAUUUCUCUUGUGCUGUUACCGGCAGUAUUUUUUUUUUUUUUAAUCUAACUCAAAAAAACAUUUUCUUUUUUUAGUUUGACCAUAAAUUUACAGUGUCUGGCUACACUUAAAACUGGUUUAUAAUCCAUGAGAUUAAAGUUUGAGAAGAAUGUAAUGUGAUAUUGUUAAUAAAAGUUUUAAAAAAUCA